CUCACAUUUUCUUCGAUUCUCUCUCUAACACGAACGCGUCAAACUCGGCUCUCGGCGACUUAAUUCCUACUACUCGGAUUCGGAACUUACACGUCGGCGCACCGUCCGUCUCGCGUCUCUCCUUUGGAGCGGACGUUUUUUUAGGGCUUUCGCUGCUCUCUAAUUAUUUGUCUGCUACACUACUUUGACGGCAGUAUUACGGUUAGACUCUCAAGGUCAUGAAUGUAAAUUCUGUAAGUUCUGGUGAAUUGAGCCCUUCUGUAAGUUUACCAUGUUUUGGAGCUUCGAAGGAUGUUCUGAUUUCGGCGUUUAGAGCUACUUUGGGUGCUUCCAUGAAGGCAUGAAGUGAAGCAAUUCAAAAGCGGGCUCAAGUGGAAUUCUUUGGUCUGUUUGGGAAAAUUUGGCAGAUUAAUUUCCGUAUAACUUGGGUUCCUGUUGUGAAUUUUGUGAAGUUGUAGAGUUUGAAGCUGUUAUUCUUCUUUUUGAGAUGGUUCAGUCGGUACUAGAGUUAAAUUAAAAUUAGGGAUUUUGGAGGAGAAGUAUAGAAAAAUUUGUGUCGUCUCAAAAUUAAGACUUGUUUUGCAGAUUAAGUAAAUUCCUUGAGUUUCAAUUUUUUAUUUUUAUUUUUUAGGGUAUUCGGUUAGUUCGGAUGGAAGUUGAAGUUGUAUUUAGGGUUUGCUAUUUGUUGUGAAUUUGGUGUUUCCUUCCCCUUUUACAAGCUUACAUCUAUAUUGAUACUGGGGUAGGACUGUAAAUUAGGCUGAUUUGGAUGUGAACUUAGUCAGUUAGUUGUAUGAGAUCUAGGUCUGGUUGGUUUAGGGAGAGAUGUUUUAUUCUCAGUUUAUAUUGGCGAAGAAAGGGCCUUUGGGGACGAUAUGGAUAGCUGCACAUUUGGAGCGGAAGCUUCGCAAGAAUCAGGUUGCUGAUACCGAUAUUGGUGUCUCUGUAGACUCGAUUCUUUUUCCUGAAGUACCGAUUGCACUUCGUUUAUCGAGUCAUCUGCUGCUUGGUGUGGUGAGGAUAUAUUCUAGAAAAGUGAAUUACCUUUUCGAUGAUUGCAGUGAGGCUUUGCUCAAGAUCAAGCAAGCUUUUCGCUCGACUGCAGUGGACUUGCCGCCAGAGGAGUCAACUGCCCCUUAUCAUUCUAUCACCUUGCCAGAGACUUUUGAUCUUGAUGAUUUUGAGCUACCUGACGAUGAAUUAUUUAAAGGUAACUAUGUUGAUCAUCAUGUCAGUACAAGGGAGCAGAUUACUCUCCGAGACACCAUGGAUGGUGUUGUUUACUCCACGUCGCAAUUUGGAUUGGAUGAGCGGUUUGGUGAUGGUGACACUUCUCAGAUUGGUUUGGACCUCGAUGAGGAGCUGAUCUUAGGAAAGGUUGAUUCCCCAGGACAUGAUGGAGUUUCAGAAGUGGAUCCUCAGGCUUCUAUUGACCAAAGUAUCUGUAUGGAAACUGGAAAUUCAGAAAUAAUACCCUCGAGUGGUAGUGGGAAUCAGGUGAAAGACCAAGCUGCUAAUUCUGAAUAUGUGGAAUAUGCUCAAGCUCCAUCAACUCCUGGAUUACUGGACGAGCCAAACUUGUCCAGUGUGCAGGAGGUUUUGGGAUGUGAUGAUCAAUUGGACUCGGAAGAUCACAAUUCAACAAAAUUGGUUGGAUUAGAGAGCACUGAAAAUGCUUCCAGUGAGUCAGAUCCGCCCCAGCAGGAUACAAAUGCAAAGAUUUUGUCUUCGCGCAAGGAUUUAAACCAUGAUACUGCUGUAUUCAUGCAUACUGAUGAGAAUGGCUGCCUCGCUGGUGAGAUGGAGGUAGAUGGGUCUAUUGUGGCAACGGACAAUUCAAACCUGGUAGAAGAAUUAAAUGAUGGCGUUGCAGGCCACAACAAGCCUAGUGUGUCACCUGUAGAUGAAAUGAAUGGGAAUUAUGCAAAAGCCACUGGGGUUGCGUUAUAUGAAACUGUUGAAUCCCCUCAUGGCUCUCGUGCCAUAUUUGAUUCAGAGGGCUCUGAUCACAGAAAUUGUCCUGAUAACUCUGACCUUGUUUCGGUAUGCCUGGUGGAUAGUCAGGCAUUAUGUGAUACUGAAGUUUGCAAUGAUGGGGAACUUGCUACUAACUUUAAAGAAUGUCAUUCACCUGGAAAUGCUGCUGCAUCAGACACUUCUGGCAGAACCAAGGAGAAUACAGAAGCUCAAUCUCAUCAGGAACCUAAGGAGUUUGAAAAUUUGGACAAGGCUAUUGUUAAUGAAGAAAAAUCAACCCAUAUACAUAUGCUUAUGGCAUGCAAUUCCCAUGUUAGCGAACAUGGCAUGUCAUCUCCUAGAUGUGAUGAGUCUAUCCUUAGCAAGUUACAGUCAGAAGAUGUUGGGCCUUGCUCACCAGGGGUGUCCCGGAGAGAGGAUGAUCUGCAAGCCGAGGGUAAUCAGGUGCGGCAAACUUCCUCAUGUGAAGGAAUUCAGGCAGAUGGAAGGGUAUCAGAUGAGCAACUUAACAAUGGAGUUUCAAUUGACAGUCGAUUCGAGAAUGUAAAUAGCUCCAUGACUUCUAACUUUCCCGAGCCCGAAAAGUUACUCUCUGUACCUGAGGGGCAUCUUGAUAAACAAAAUGGAUUGCUAGAUGACUCUAGAGCUGAUGCAGAAGCCGUAGAAGGGAGUGAUAGGGGUGGAGAUAGGACUGCACUCGUUUCUGGGAAAAAGCGUAUUUUUACAGAGUGUUCACUUCCUGUAGAAAGUCUGAAAUCAGUUGAGUCAUUUGGGUUCACCAGAUCAAAGAGAACUGCAGAAACCAUUCCUGACGAUGAUGAUUUAUUGUCUUCGAUAUUAGUUGGAAGAAAAUCGUCUGUUCUGAAAAUGAAACCUACUCCACUAGCCCCUGAAGUAGCAUCCAUGAAACGUGCCAGGUCUGCACCCCGGGCCAGUGUUUUGAAGCGAAAGGUGCUUAUGGAUGAUGCAAUGGUCUUGCAUGGCGACAUUAUACGCCAGCAAUUGACAAAUACUGAAGACAUUCGUCGCGUACGGAAAAAAGCUCCUUGCAAUUAUCCUGAAAUUUCAAUGAUUCAGAGGCAAUACUUGGAGGAAGGAAUUUUCAAGGAACCAAUACUAACUGGUAUGCCUGCAGAACUAAUAUAUCUGCACAGUGAACCAUUUGAUUUGAGUGGAAUCCAAGUUUCUGAAAAUGAUGAUAAUAAUGUUACUUCUAGAGGAGCAAAGAAUCUGGACUUUUCAGUUCGACCUAGUAUUAUGAACGAAAGUGAAAUUGAAAGGAGCGCUGAACCUUUACUUCUUGGAAAUGAGGUUGACCGACAACAAGCUGAGAUCACCCUUCAGAAUGAGAGCCAGCAAAAUAAAGACCAUCACCUAUGUGUUUGUGAUACUCAAGGGCAUACAAAUGCUAUUGCUAUUCAAGAUAAACAUUUUUCUGAGAUGGUUGAAAUGGAAAUUGACCUGGAGAGGGUUGAUGUCCCUGAUGGAACAAAUAAUUCUCUCCAAUGCUUGGAGACAUCCCAAAGUGAUUCUGUUGGUGGUGCUAAUUAUAAAUUGUCUACUGUCCUGGUCUCUCACUCAGUUCUCACAGGCAAAUUUAAUGGCGCAGUUGUUCCUCCAAAUGCAGAUGCGUUGUGCAUGUCAUCUAACAAUAUUAUUGCUCAACCUGUUUUGGAUUUUGCUUCUUUAGGAGAUAUGAGUGAUGGAAAAGGGGUAGAUGGUACUGAAAUUGAUCAUAAUGUUGACAGUGUGAUUGAAUUUGGAAAUGAGUCGAGGGCAGGGGAUGAGUUAGAGGAUAGCAAAAUUGUUACUUCAAUUGAAACCAAAGCAGAUGCUCAGACAGAUGAUUCUGCAAUCACCGGCAAUGAAAAUAAGCAUCCAGAAACUGGUGGAUUCGAUAACAUCACUUCUCUAACUGGUGACAAACCUGUGGACGAAGUUGAAAAUAAUAAGGUAGGUAUUGAUAACCAGGAUGGUCUGCUGGAUGUGUAUUUGGGGAACUCUCUUGGGGUGCUAAGUGAAGGGCACAAUAUUGAGUGUACUCACUCAGUGGAAUUCCAUGUUGAUGUCAAAGAUGCUUGCAUGGAUGAUGGAGCAUAUGUAUCCUGUCGAGAUACUGAUCCACAGAGCUUGACAGAUGCAGAGAUAGCUGCUGUUCAUCGUCUCCACAUGCAAGAUUGUCUAGAUGUUGAAAAUGUGGCACCUGGAAAUGAUACAGAAUUUUUGAAUGUAGACGAUGAUGAUGCAGCUGAAGAAGAUGAUGGCAUGCCAUGUGCUGAAGAGAGUCACCUUCUUGAGAACAGUGGAUGGUCGUCGCGCACUAGGGCUGUUGCCAAGUACCUUCAAGUUUUUUUUGAUAAGGAAGCUGUACAUGGAAGAAAGGUUGUUUCGAUGGAAAACCUUUUGGCUGGCAAAACUCGUAAAGAAGCAUCUAGGAUGUUUUUUGAAACAUUGGUUCUUAAGACCAAAGAUUACGUCCACGUAGAACAAGAAAAGCCCUUUGACAACAUUAAUAUAAAGCCUCGUGCAACGCUCAUGAAAUCAACUUUCUAAUCCCGCGCGUAGGAAAGGCAGAAACUGUUAAAAAUGUGUAGCUGUAGUUCAUUUGAUACUCGGAUGGGUUUCCUUCAUUCUAGUUUAAUAAGUUAUGUUCUUUUCUUUUCAAUUAUUAUUAUUAUUAUUGCUUAGUUCUUGUAAGUGGUAAUUUAAUGCUUGUUUGGGGGGGAGGGGGACAACUUGCUUGAGUGGCACUUGUCCACAUGUAUCAGUAACAUAAUGGAGAUGAUAUUUAUGUGUACAUAUUUGUAAAAUAUCGUCGCCGUAGGCAAUUGAAGAUGCUAAUUCUGUG